AUGACUGCCAAGAUUUUGGUGACUCUGGCUUCAUUUGCUUCUGGCAUCACAAUCGUUGCUUGCAUUUUUGCCGUCGGCGUUCUUUUCAAAGAAAUCAACGAUUUCUACGAUGACGUGAUUGAUGAGAUGGAUCAAUUCAAGGAUAUUGCCAACAACGCUUGGCAAGAUAUGAUCCCGAUCACCCGACCAUCAAUGGAUUCUCGAAAGAACCUUGCUUUCAUGUUCGGACGCUCUAAGCGUAAUGCUGGACAAUGUAACUGUGGGGCUCAGCCGAACAACUGCCCUCCUGGACCACCAGGACCGCCAGGAGCUCCGGGGGCUCCAGGAGACGAUGGACACCCGGGAGACGCCGGAAAGCCAGGAAUCAACGGCAUCUCGAUUAUCAGCACGGGAGAUGGUGCCGGAUGUAUCAAGUGUCCUGCUGGAGAGCCUGGACCAGCUGGACCUGAAGGAUCUGCGGGACCACCAGGGCCAGACGGUCAGCCGGGAGCUGCAGGAUCCCCAGGAAAACCAGGAGCUCCAGGAACAGUUGGACCACAAGGAGACGCUGGAGCUCCAGGUCAACCAGGUCAAAUCGGGCAGCCAGGAGCCCCAGGAAAGAAUGGUCAACGUGGACGGGGACUUCCUGGAGGACCAGGACCACAAGGGCCGCAGGGACCAGCCGGAAACCCAGGACCAAAAGGACAAGACGGAGCGCCAGGAGCACCAGGACAACAAGGACCAGCAGGACCCGACGGACAUCCAGGACAGCCAGGACCUGACGGGCAGCCAGGACAACAAGGAGGAGUCGGCCAGCCAGGAGCCGACGCAGCUUACUGUCCAUGCCCAGCUAGAACCGGUGCCGUUGAAGAUCACAAAGCUGCUACUGGAUACAGACGUCGUGUCUCGAAGGUCGUUUAA